CUCGGGAUAGCGGCUUUUCCUCUAGAGUUCCUGCGUUAUAACGAAUCCGCGUCGAAAAGUCUACGAACUAUUUGACAUCGCCUCUCCCACGUGUUCUCUUCCAUCCAGCGGCUGCGGCGCCAGCCCUGACCCAGACCCUCCACCCCUGGACUGGACUGGCAGCGCAGCCCCCCAGCCUCGCACUGGUGUUGGAUGCGAGGGCCUGUGCUUAAGGAAGAAAUCAGGCUUCAUUGGAGACAUUCAAGCAAAGGUUGGACAACUAAUUUUCCAGAACAAAAAAGAAACUCAUGCAUCAGAAAAGAGUGUGAGCAUGAGCACACAUGCGCCUGAGUGGGGUACGGGCAGACAGAGAGGAAGCAGAGGAUCCAUCAGAGGGUGCACUGACAGCAGUGAGCCCGUUGCAGAGCUCAUAAACAGCGAAGAUCAUGACCUGAGCCAUAGCUGGAUACUUAACCAACUGAGGCACCCAGGUGCCCCACUGCGAAAUUUUUUCUUGAGUGAUUGCUAAUGGUGACUAAUAAACAUAUCAAAAGAAUAUGGCUGCACAAAUACCAGAAUCUGAUCAGAUAAAACAGUUUAAAGAAUUUCUUGGAACCUACAAUAAACUUACAGAAACCUGCUUUUUGGACUGCGUUAAAGACUUCACAACAAGAGAAGUAAAACCUGAAGAGACCACCUGUUCAGAACAUUGCUUACAGAAAUAUUUAAAAAUGACACAAAGAAUAUCCAUGAGAUUUCAGGAGUAUCAUAUUCAGCAGAAUGAAGCCCUGGCAGCCAAAGCAGGACUCCUCGGCCAACCACGAUAGAGAAGUCCUGAUGGCUGGACUUAGAUGAAACAUUGCCAGCAGCUGUUGUGACAGAAAUGAGGACUCCUCUGAUGGAGUCCCCUGAAAACAGGAGCCACCGUGUUAACCUGUCAUGACUGUCUGGCAAAUGGAAAACAACUGGAGAAACAAAAUUGCUAUUUACCAGGGAAUAAUCAAAUUAGAAGGUCUUAUUGUUCAAUCAAAGUCAUAAGAUGCAACAUUUGUUGAGGCCUUAAGAUUCAGCAGCUUGGUAACUUCAUUGGAAAAAUAAACUAUUGUUUCUUCAA